UAACAAUAUCAUCCGUUUAAAUGAUUAUAAAUCAUUUAUAUUUUUCUAAUGUAACAUGAAAACUUACAGAUUGUAAUCAGUUUUUAUCAUGAAAACGCUAAUUUUUUGCAUAUUUUUUAUUAAAAUAGUUUUAAUAAAUGCUAAUGUGCCCCAAUUGGACGGACGCAUUAUAGGAGGAAAAAAUGCCAAUAUUACAGAAUGUCCUUAUCAAGUAUCAUUACGAAAAUAUGAUUCACAUAUAUGCGGUGGAACGAUAUUUCAUAAUAAAUAUAUUCUAACUGCUGCUCACUGUGCCUCAAAUGGCGUUGCUAGUAGUUUCAGCAUUAGAGCUGGUAGCAGUUAUUCAAUUAAAGGAGGAACAAUAGUUAAAGUAUGUUCCAUAUAUAAUCAUGAAAACUAUAGUGCAGAGACGAUGGAAAACGAUAUUGCGAUUUUAAAGUUGUGUACACCACUGACUUUCUCAAAUUACAUUUUACCUAUAACUUUGGCAGACGGUUCAGAAUCCAUUGCUGCUGGAAGAAAUGCCCUAGUUAGUGGAUGGGGUUUUAAAAUAGAAGAAGGUGCAGUAUCGAAUAUCUUACAAAAAGUAACAGUACCCUUCAUUACCAAUGCUCGCUGCAAAGUACUUUAUCCUGAUGAGAUAAUAACUGAUGGUAUGCUCUGUGCAGGACUUGGCCAAAAAGAUGCAUGUCAGGGAGAUUCAGGAGGUCCGCUACGGGCGAGUGGAAAACUAGUUGGAAUCGUGUCAUGGGGUUAUGGUUGCGCAAGACCACAAUUUCCAGGUGUUUAUACAAAAGUUGCAAAAUAUAGAAAGUGGAUAAAGCGCUACACAAAUUAUUAGAAUGAUAUAUUUAGUCUUGUAUAUAAAUGGAACUCAAAC